AUGUCAGAUAACCGCAGCUCACCAGCCCAUGAUGGAGGGUCCUCCCCAAUGGCAGCCCCUCCAUCGUCUCUCGGAGGAUCCUCUCCACCAUUGUUUUAUAACCCGUCGUCCUCAUCACAACCUGACACAUAUGAAAGCCAGCAGAGGCAACACGCUGUUGGUUCUUCGCCCUUUCGCUAUCCUUCCUCAUCGCAGGGCCACCCGCAUGCUACAUCGGACACAUUCGCGUCACAAAGAAGGUCCCAGAGAAGUUCUGGAUUUGGCCGCUUCACGGACCAAUCAAGCGAGCCAGACCUGCUUUCUUCCUCGCUUUCCGGUCAUGCAUCACAACGUUCAAGUCAACGAAGAAGCGACCUGCAUGCGUCUGACCUCUCUUCUCCGAGGAGAAUAGUUGAUCUGGACUCCCAACCUGCUCCUAGUUCCUCGUCAGACCCUGUAAGUGAGGCCGCAGAGCCUCUAAGGAUCAUUUGGGGUACAAAUGUUAGUAUUCAAGAAUGUGCCACUAACUUCAGGAAUUUCCUGAUGUCGUUCAAAUACAAGUAUCGUAAGGUACUCGAUCAAAAUGAGGACCUUAUUAACGACACCGAAGACCAGGAGCUUUACUAUGUCAAACGCCUGAACCAGAUGAUGGAAAUGGGCUCGCUUAACUUGAACUUAGACGCUAGGAAUUUGCUGAGCUUCAAGCCUACCGAAAAGCUGUACUAUCAGCUCAUGAGCUACCCGCAAGAAAUUAUAUCGAUCAUGGAUCAGACUGUGAAGGACUGCAUGGUGUCUCUUGUUGUGGAUAGCAAUGCGGAGUCGACCCUUGAUGAUGUGGAGUCCAAGUUUUAUAAGAUAAGGCCGUACAACAUUGAGACCAAGAAAGGAAUGAGAGAGCUUAAUCCCAAUGACAUUGACAAACUUAUCAGCGUUAAGGGUCUUGUACUAAGAUCUACACCUAUUAUUCCUGAUAUGAAAGUCGCCUUCUUCAAGUGCAACAUUUGCGAUCAUACAACAGUUGUCGAAAUCGAUAGAGGAGUCAUUCAGGAGCCAGCGAGGUGCCCCAGAGUCGCGUGCAACCAGCAAAAUUCUAUGACACUGGUACAUAACCGAUGCUCCUUCGCUGAUAAACAAGUUAUUAAACUACAAGAGACCCCAGAUACUGUCCCUGACGGACAAACGCCUCAUUCAGUCUCUUUGUGUGUCUAUGAUGAGUUGGUUGAUAGUUGUAGGGCCGGUGACAGAAUAGAGAUUACAGGUAUAUUCCGUUCUAUUCCCGUAAGAGCAAGCUCCACGCAGCGCGCGUUACGGUCUUUAUACAAGACUUAUCUUGAUGUCGUGCAUGUAAAGAAGGUCGCCCAUGAUCGACUAGGCGCAGACACAUCUACUGUUGAGCAAGAGCUGAUGCAAAACGAGCUUAUCCAUGCAGACGUCCAAGAGGUUCCCAAGGUCUCUGAUGACCAAAUCAGAAAAAUUCAUGCCGUUGCUGCGCGGGACGAUGUCUAUGAGGUACUAGCACGCUCUAUUGCGCCGAGUAUUUUUGAACUAGAUGACAUCAAAAAAGGCAUUCUACUUCAGCUAUUUGGUGGAACUAAUAAAACUUUCACAAAGGGUGGUAGGUACAGAGGAGAUAUCAACAUUUUACUCUGCGGUGAUCCCUCAACCGCGAAAUCCCAGAUUCUACAGUAUGUGCACAAAAUCGCCCCUCGAGGCGUUUACGCUUCAGGUAAGGGUUCGUCCGCUGUAGGUUUGACUGCGUACGUUACGAGAGAUAUAGACACCAAGCAGCUAGUACUUGAAAGUGGUGCACUAGUUUUGUCCGACGGCGGUGUUUGUUGCAUUGAUGAAUUCGAUAAAAUGAGUGAUUCUACGAGGUCUGUCCUCCACGAAGUGAUGGAGCAGCAGACCAUUUCCAUAGCUAAAGCUGGUAUUAUCACAACUUUAAACGCCCGAACUUCUAUUUUGGCAAGUGCAAAUCCAAUAGGUUCGCGCUAUAACCCCAAUCUUCCUGUAACAGAAAACAUCGACUUGCCCCCUCCCCUUCUUUCGAGAUUCGACUUAGUCUAUUUGGUACUAGACAAAGUCGAUGAAGCAACAGACAGAGACCUUGCAAAGCAUUUGACGAACCUUUACCUUGAAGAUGCUCCUGCAAAUGAAACUGAGGGAGAUGUACUACCGGUUGAACUGCUAACCACAUACAUCAAUUAUGCCAAGCAGCAAUAUGCCCCUGUUAUCACAGAGCAAGCUAAAACUGAACUUGUGAGGGCUUACGUGACCAUGAGGAAGAUGGGCGAUGAUUCCAGAUCAGACGAGAAAAGAAUCACGGCAACAACAAGACAGCUUGAGAGUAUGAUCAGACUAUCGGAAGCGCAUGCUAAGAUGCGCCUCUCGCAACUUGUUGAGCUUCAGGACGUUCAAGAGGCUGUAAGACUGAUCAAGUCUGCCAUCAAAGACUAUGCCACUGAUCCUAAAACUGGAAAAAUUGACAUGAACCUUGUUCAAACAGGCAAGUCCGUGAUACAGCGCAAGCUGCAGGAAGAUCUGUCGCGCGAGAUGGUCAACAUCCUUAGAGAGCGUCCUAACAAUACGAUAUCGUACAAUGAGCUUGUACGAAGUAUCAACGAGCAAUCGCAAGACAAGGUGGAUGUCACGGAUAUAUCUGAAGCGCUUUCGAGGCUACAGCAAGAAGAUAAAGUUGUUGUUCUGGGAGAAGGCGUAAGAAGGUCUAUCCGUCUAAACGGCCGUAUUUGA